AUGAUCUGCUUAUUCUGCUUAGUGGUUCUUGAUUUUCCACUUCCCAACUCUGCUUCCAGCGCACCAUUCCCUCUCCCCACGAAUGUUUCUGUGUUCCACCGUCCUCUCGAAACUCCCAAAGAAACCUCCGUCCCAUCGGCUGGGAGAUCGCUUCAAUCGAUUCUCGCCCUCUCCUCUGACUCCGAAGAACCAGCCGAACGCGAAGAGAAUUCGAAGGAACAAACGGCGAAUUCCAUCGAACAAAUAGCGAAUUCGAAGGAACAAACGGCGAAUUCGAAGGAACAAACGGUGAAUUCCAUCGAACAAACGGUGAAUUCCAUUGAAACCUUCACCCCUCAUCUAUCGAAUUCCAUCGAACAUUCGAUCGAUCCCCGCCUCCCUCCUCCCCCCACCCCUUCGGAUUCGAUCGAAUCGGAUCUCGAAUCCGUCAUUCAGUUCUCCAAAGACGCGCCCGCGGCUCCCAUUCUGGGUCCGUUCUGCGUGAUUUGCGGCAAAUUCGGCCAGUACGUGUGCGACCGCACCGACCAGGACGUUUGUUCCCUGGAGUGCAAGCGGAAAGCCGAGGAAGCCGCGCUCUCCUCCCCGCCUUCCGACGAUUCGCCCGCCCAGACGCCUUCCAUUGCCGCUCCUUCCGUCGAGCCACGCAAAGAGACGGAAGUUCUGCGCGUGCUGCCCACCGCGCCGCAGUUCCUCCCCUCCAAGAAUCGCUGGAAGGACGGGAUUUCCCCGCUGGAUUCGAGGAAAUGCCCGAUCUGCGGGAAAACGGGCCAUUUGGCGCAGGACUGCCAUUUCGCUUCCGGAAAGCGCGUGGAGUUCGUUGGGUUCGGUCGAAACGAGGAGAAGGGGGAAGAAGCAGGUUAUGGCAUUGAGUGUGAAUCAUUGCCAGAAUGGCAGCGACGUGAAGUGGGCGGAAAGGAGAUCAUGAAACAUAGUUGUCGAAGCUGUUUCGGAAAUGCCGAAAAGCGUUCGAUGACCCUACGCAGAGUUGUUCUGUAUGUAGAAAACGAGGAAAUCUAG